UUCCGGAAGCUACGGCGCCAAUAUAGCUGUUUCGUAAAACAAACUUUUUUCCAACUGACUCGUGAUGCGUAAGGAUGUGAAUCGCGGGGCCACGUCUCAUUCGGAUGAACCUCAAACAACCGUCAUGUCCGACAGCCCUCAAACGCAGCCCGGGUCCCUCUACGGACACACCCUGUUGGCUGAGGCCUUGACAACAACCAGCGGACACACGUGAUGCUACACUAACGCAGAGGAAUCUCCCGAGUCAAGAGCGGUGCGUUGUUGUUGAGGUGUCGGUGAAGUGUCGAUGGACUAGCGGCAGAGGGUGUUUUAACUCGGGACUCACGUCGGACGGACACACGAUGAUCGUGCCGCUGCUGCUGCUGCUGCUGAGCGCGUGUGUUAGCACGGGCUUCUCCUACGACAGCCAUGAGGAGCAGUAUGGGAACACACACAAGAUAUUACUCCCUCGACGGGCUCACUCACUCAAGUUCAUCCCUGAGGCCCACUACUCACAUGAGACGAUCUUGUGGAAACGGGACGACCCUGAGGCCAGUGAGGGCGGCAGGGGGAGGGUGAUGGGUAACUAUUACGUGAUACAUCAUUUAACCCAGCAGGACAAUGGCCGCUACGUAAUGCUUGACCAAAAUCAGAGACAGGUGUCCAAAAGGGCCAUCUGGGUAACAGCAAAUCAGAUUUCCUAUGCACUGACUCCUGGUGCACUUCUCAACAUCUCUUCUCAUAUCGACCCAGCCUCCUGCUACAUUUACUUCUACCCAGAGGACAAUACACACCUGAUAAAAGAUGAGGCUGAGAUCGUUUAUAAGGGGAAGCUAAAGCGUGUAUAUACUUGUAAAGGGUUGGAAUUGAUGGAGCCCUGUGGUGUUUUAAAAACUUCCGUCCAAAAUUCGUGCAGUGGACGUUUUGAGUUCCGGGAUGCUUCCGAUGACCUAGCUUUGGAGGUGUUUGUGACUGUAGAGUCUCCAACUUAUGAUCCAUCGCACAUCGGUAUUGGCAUUGGUGCUUGUCUUGCUUCAUUUUUCUGCUGCUGUUGCGUGAGGCGCUGCUGCUGUAAAAAAAACGCCUCGAAAAAGGACGGCGCUGAGACUGAUGCUGCCGCCGCUGAACCGGCUGUAGUUUACCGUGAGUAUGUCCAUGAGCCUGUUGCAGUGGGGUCAGGCCGACUCAGUCAGCCCAGUGAGACACACCCCCCCAACCCGCCUUCUUAUGCUCCGACCGGCCCACUGAUACACAGUCCUCCCACUGUGAAUUCACCACCUGCUUAUUCUGAGGUUUCAGCUCCAGCCGAGCAGGCCAGUGCUCCGACUGCCCCCCUCUACUCUGACCCUGGGAUCCAGUUUGAACUGAAGGGGCGGAACUUCCCCUCUGCUCCCCCACUCAGUUCAGAUUCCACUUUCUGUCAUGUUUAUACCUCAGACAAACUCAACUACAUCUGAAAUCCUUGCAUUUGAGAGGCGCAGUCAAAGUUAUUAACUCGCACACUAGUGUGACAUUUUGGGAAGUAUGCUUCCUGUGAACUGGUUCCAGCCAAGAAAAUGUCUGUAGCAUAACCCCCUCCUUAUAUGUCUUUUUUUUUUUACAUUAAUCUUUUCGUGACUAAGAGCUCAUCUCUCUCAUCUAGCGGAACGUGAAUAAGUGUAUUUCUCAAAAUGUUGGAUUACUCUUUCAGCCUUUAUACAGUUCAUAGAGGACCUACACUGUAAGACUCCACAUAUCGCAGAUUCCAUGAUGUUCCAUUGUGCGAAUUUAUUUUACGACACUUGGAAAACAAGCAAGGAAGAAGUGAAGACCAUAUUUUACAUCUGUGUUUGUCCCAGUUAUUAAUUAUAGGGUCUUUUAGGGGCUUCAGGAUCCAGGUAUGACUAGGAGAGCGAUUUCAAAGCCAUAGGUCAAAAGUAAGUUCUCAGAGGAGCGUGUGUGCGCUAAGAGUGCCUCAGCACAGAAAUACCUCAUCUAUCACUGACCAGCUCCACUGUGAAGAAAUUAUAUCAGGGAAGCUGUAGACGAUUAAUUACGUUUGUAUAAAACUAGUGAUACUUAGGACUAACUUGCUCAGGCCAGCCACAUAAGACCCAAAUGUUUUCAUAAGUUUUAUGAACGAGACUGUUUGACAAUGUCCCAGUUGCCUUUCUACUUUUGCUUAUUUUCAAUCGAAAGUUGCAUUAACACACCUCUACACCUCUGUGUAGCGCUAAGUCAACGUGAAUGUAUUACACACAGACGCGCACACAUGCACUUAACUUGCUGAAAUAUGUUUCUUUUUGCAUGUCUCUUCCCUCCCAUAUACUUAACACAACAUGUAGAGUUGUAUUUAGAGUUUUAAUAUUGAUUCAUUUUAUUGAGAUUUUUUAAAAAUGUUUUGCUCUGCAUGUCAUAUUUUACGAUUGUUGUGUAUUAGUAGGAUUUUGUUGCAGCACUUACUGGUGUUAGUGACACUCCUGUCUUUGUGUCUCGGCCUAUUUGGAAAUUGUGUCAGGUGCAUUAAACCUUAUAUUGCCUCACUA